AUGGGCACAGCACCAGGGACCAGCCCAGACUCGCUGCCCGGACCCGGCUCUUGCUGGAAGUGGUCCAUGACCUCCGAGGCCUCUUCUGGAAGAAGCCACUGUGCCAGGAGCGGGAUGCUGCGGAGGCGGGCCCCAGAGGAGGACAGUGCUGUCCUGAUCGACAUGGCCCCGGGGAUGGAGAAGGGGGACUCUUACGGAAGCACAGCCAACACCUCACAGCCCGAUGGACACCAGGCGGCCACUUGCAGGGUGGGGAACCCUGCCAAGCCCCAGAUCGCAGACUUUGUCCUUGUUUGGGAGGAAGACCUGAGGCUGGGUCAGCAGCAGGACAGUGCCACCCAGGACAAGAGAGACACACACAGGGCCUGGCGGGAGACGUUCCUGGAUAACCUUCGUGUGGCUGGCCUGCAUGUGGACCAGCAUCAUGUACAGGAUGAGGACAGCGCUGUGCACUACAUCCUCCUCAGCGCCCCCUGGGCCGUGCUCUGCUACUACGCGGAAGACCUGCGCCUGAAGCUGCCCCUGCAGGAGCUGCCCAACCAGGCCUGCAACUGGUCGGCCAGCCUGCUGCAGUGGCUGGGCAUCCCCAAUGUCCUGCUGGAGGACGUGCCCGAUGUGCCCCCCGAGUGUUACUCCUGCCAGUUCAAAGUGAGCAAGCUGUCGAGGUUCCUCAGGAGUGACGACCAGGACACCUUCUUCACCUGCACCAACAGGCACCAGAUCCUGUUUGAGAUCCUGGCCAAGACCCUGUACGGCCAUGAGAAGAAAGGUCUGUUUGGGAUCGACCAGCUGCUGUCCCAGGGCGUCUUCAAGGCAGCCUUCCCCCUGCACGAGGGCCCCUUCACAACACCCCCUGAGGGCCCGUGGGCCCCUGGCCUCAACCAGCGGCAGGUCCUGUUCCAGUACUGGGCCCGCUGGCGCAAGUGGCACAGGUACCAGCCUCUGGACCACGUGCGCAGGUACUUCGGGGAGAAGGUGGCCCUCUACUUCGCCUGGCUGGGGUUCUACACAGGCUGGCUCCUGCCAGCGGCCGUGGUGGGCACGCUGGUAUUCCUGGUGGGCUGUUUCAUGGUGUUCUCAGACACACCCACGCAGGAGCUGUGCAGCAGCGCCGAUAGCUUCCAGAUGUGCCCACUCUGCCUCAACUGCCCCUUCUGGCUGCUCUCCAGCGCCUGCGCCCUGGUCCAGGCCGGCCGGCUCUUCGACCACGGCGGCACCGUCUUCUUCAGCGUGUUCAUGGCCCUGUGGGCAGUGCUGCUCCUGGAGUACUGGAAACGCAAGAGCGCCACGCUGGCCUACCGCUGGGGCUGCUUCGACUACGAGGACAUCGAGGAGAGGCCGCGGCCUCAGUUUGCUGCCUCGGCCCCCACGACAGCCCUGAACCCCAUCACCGGCGAGGAGGAGCCCUACUUCCCCAAGAGGAGCCGUAUGCGCCGCGUGCUGGCCGGCUCCGUGCUGGUGCUGAUGAUGGUGGCAGUGGUGGUCAUGUGCCUCGUGUCCAUCAUCCUGUACCGCGCCAUCAUGGCCAUCCUGGUGUCCAGGUCUAACAACACCCUCCUGGCAGCCUGGGCUUCUCGCAUUGCCAGCCUCACAGGCUCCGUGGUGAACCUGGUCUUCAUCCUUGUUCUCUCCAAGAUCUACGUGGCCCUGGCCCACAUCCUGACAAGAUGGGAAAUGCACCGGACGCAGACCAGGUUUGAGGACGCCUUCACCCUCAAGGUGUUCAUCUUCCAGUUCGUCAACUUCUAUUCCUCGCCCAUCUACAUCGGCUUCUUCAAGGGCAGGUUUGUGGGGUACCCAGGCAGCUACCACACCUUGUUUGGGGUUCGCAACGAGGAGUGUGCGGCAGGAGGCUGUCUCAUCGAGCUGGCUCAGGAGCUCCUGGUCAUCAUGGUGGGCAAGCAAAUCAUCAAUAAUGUGCAGGAGAUUCUCGUCCCGAAGCUCACGGGCUGGUGGCAGAAGUUCCGGCUUCGCUCCAAGAAGAGGAAGGUGGGGGCUUCAGCUGCUGCCAGCCAGACGCCCUGGGAGGCAGACUAUGAGCUCCUGCCCUGUGAGGGCCUAUUUGAUGAGUACCUCGAAAUGGUGCUGCAGUUCGGCUUCGUCACCAUCUUCGUGGCUGCCUGUCCGCUGGCGCCGCUCUUCGCGCUGCUCAACAACUGGGUGGAGAUCCGCCUGGACGCGCGCAAGUUCGUGUGCGAGCGCCGGCGCCCAGUGGCCGAGCGCGCGCAGGAUGUGGGCAUCUGGUUCCCCAUCCUGGCUGGCAUCACGCACCUGGCGGUCAUCAGCAACGCCUUGCUGCUGGCCUUCUCCUCCGAUUCCUGCCGCGGCACCUAUUACCGUUGGACCCGGGCCGGGGACCUGCGGGGCUUCGUCAACUUCCAUCAGGGAGGCCAAAGGUGGAGAUGCCAAGAAGUCAUCUGCCACGAUCCCCACACCGAGUCCCAUAUUUCCUGCAGGUAUCGGGCAUUCAGGGAAGACGAUGGGCAUUAUUCCGGGACCUACUGGAACCUUCUGGCUAUCCGCCUGGCCUUUGUCAUUGUGUUUGAGCAUGUGGUGUUCUCCAUCGGCCGGAUCCUCGACCUCCUGGUACCUGACAUCCCUGAGUCUGUGCAGAUCAAGGUGAAGCGGGAAUACUACCUGGCCAAGCAGGCACUGGCUGAGAACGAGGCUCUCUUGGGGACGAAUGGAGCCAAGGACGACCAGCCCUCAGCCUCAGAGGAGUGUCUGGGCCCACAGCCUAGGCGACCAGAAGCCAGCCGUACCUCGCCAGUCCCUUCCCUCUGAGGUCGCAGGCAUCAUGUUGGGGACUGAGGGGCCUGGAGUCAGACCCACCUGGAGUGCAGAGCCCUCACGCCCUGGAGAUGAGAGGCCUCCUCCUCUCCUUCCCCUCCUCAGCUGCCUUGGGCCCCUGCUCCUGUCCCCUGCCUCCCAGGUCCUGGUUGCAGCCCCCACUGGCCACCCCUUUGGAGUACCCAAAGCCAGGCGACUAUAGCAGGGGAACCUGGUGGGCUGGGGCAUGCCUCCACCAUCUCCCUCCCAGCCCCAUGAGCCAGUAUCCUCUCCUCACACUCCCCCAGGGGCAGAAUGGCUCCACCCUGAGACUUGUUCCCAUCACCCCCACCCACCUCUGGGCACACUGCCUACUCUCCUACAUCUUUACUCAGAGCUGUGGCCCUUCCAGGCCUCAACCCUCCACUUCGUGCCAUCCUGGGUCCCUGCACCCACAGCCUCCCCUGCUCACUUCCUACUUGCCCAUCAGCCCUCACAUGACUCGUCUGCCAAUCCAGCCAGUGGACUCUGGGUCCUGUGUCCUCUCUGGUGUUUUGAUCCUGCUGUCCUUGAAAUGAUGGAAUGACCCCUCUCUAGGCCCACCUGGUUACACAGAGUUCUGCCUGCCCCCCAGCACUCUAUGUUCCAGGUCACAACCUGGAGUCAGCUCAACCCCUCACCCACUUUCUCCACUCCCCAUUACUAGCCAAGGGCUCCUGAUUCUGUCACCAUUUCUUGAACCUGGUGCCCCCUUUCACUCCCAGCCACUAUGAGUGGCCUCUCAGGCUAAGAAGCUAUACUGCCCAGCUCCUUCCCAGACUACAGCCUGAGGCUGAGGAAGGUUUGGAAGAAGACUCAAUUUUAUUCCCUGACCUGUGAAACACUGGAGUUUCCUUUAUGUUUACACAUGAUCAUCUCCAAAGUUGGGAGCACCUUAGUGCAUCCAGUUGGACCUUGUCCACUGACCAGCAUGUGACCCCCCUUCCACAUCCUCCUUCCAUCAACUCAGUUAACCGCUGUGCCCAUGCGUGACUCCACCACGGGUUGCUUGCUCUUGGCUGUGCACUCCCUGCUGGGUGUGUGGGUUUUCUCCACCUGUACCUUGUAAUUCAUGCUGGAAUAAACCUCCCGAAGUACUGUG